AUGGGCACUAAAAACCAAAAUAAACGACCUUUACCUUCAUCAUCAGACUCAGAAGAUGACCAUAAUUUCAACCAGUUCAUCGUAAUACGAUCAUUGAAAAAGGAUAAACAAAUGUCAUCCGUUUCACCAUCUGUCAUAGAAAAAAAAUCCUAUCAACAUGCGAUCAGCGUGAAACGCGAUGACACCAACACUUUCGUGCUCACUUUUAACACUCCAAUUUUACCAAAACAUGUAAAGGUUGGCUUCAAAAGUGUUGGCGAUGUAUACAUCCUAAAUCCACUUCGAUGCUUCCAUUGCCAAAGAUUUGGUCAUCAUUCUGAUAACUGUAAACAAACCCAGAAAGUUUGUGGUAAAUGUGGAGUUGCGGGUCAAGACGAUGGGUCAGCAGAUGGUGCAUGUGAUGGUAAGGCUUACUACGCGAACCUUGGUGGAAGGCAUCCAGCAUAUUCCAUAGAUUGCUCUGCUCGACGCAAGGAAAAAGAGAUCCUUCGCGUCAAGUACACAAACAACAUUACUUUUCCAGAGGCAAGGCAGAUUGUUGAAAAACCUGUGUAUCGGGUCCAUCCUAUGCCAGUCGUGCAAAGGUUGGUAUUACGACCAUGGAGACCCUUGAUGCUGCUACACAGACAUGUGAUGAAGCCUAUGCAUCAGCCGCUUUAUGUUUAUGGUUCGCUGUACGUCGAACUUUAUGUUACACAUAUAAUUUCCUGUUCCGAACGUAAGUUAAAAACAAGUUUGUGCUACACGUGGCCGGAUGUUGUUAAUGACCAGAAGGUGACAAAGGUCAGUGCUAUAAUCAAGCGUGGGAUUUCCGACAUUGCGGACAUGUAUCCAACAAUAGGUUAUAUUGGUCUCAUGUGUAUGUUUGUGACAGCGGUUGCUAAUGGUAAAGAUAGUUUGAUAUUGGUCCAAGCGGUAUUCCGCCAUGGGGAUAGAAGUCCCAUAAGGAGUUUCCCGAAUGAUAAACACAGAGACUUCUGGAAACAGGGAUUGGGUCAACUGACUCAGGAAGGAAUGCUUCAGGAAUACAACCUCGGAAAAUUCUUGAAAAGUAGAUAUGGCUAUGGCGUACUUUUAAGUUCAAAAUAUAAUCAUUCUGAGAUCACUAUAACAAGCUCUGACUACGACCGUGCCCUAAUGAGUGCCUACUGUGUCCUCAGCGCCAUUUAUCCUCCUGAUGGGACUGAUCAGCGUUGGAAUCCAGACCUUAACUGGCAGCCAAUUCCAGUUCAUACAAAACCUCGACAUGAGGACUUUAUAAUUAGCAUGCAGGCUGACUGUCCAAAAUUUGAUAAACUGCUAACAGAGUAUAAUGGAAAUAAGACAAAGGCCAUUUUCAUGGCAAAACACCAGGAUCUGAUUGAAAAUAUUGUGAACAUUUCGGGACUUCCAAUAGAAUCGUGGAACAGCAUAACAGACAGUUUAUUCUGUCAGUACAUCCACAACUUCAGUUUACCUGAAUGGGCGUCCAUCUUACCUUUAGAUGUGGUUAAAUCCAUCCGUGAUGUUUUUGCCACAUAUUAUCUUCCGACACCAGAACUCGCAAAAUUGAAGGGAGGUCCAUUACUGAUGGAGAUAAUUGACAACAUGAAGAGGAAUUUGAAUAAUGAAUCGAGUACAACAGUCUACUUGUACUCUGGGCACGAUACAACAUUGAUAGCUUUAUUGCGGGUAUUGAAUGUGUUUAAUAACAGAAAUCCAAGCUAUUCCUCGUGUGUAUUGUUGGAGCUGUGGAAAAGUGGCGUGAAUGAAACAAUAUUUGUCAAGGUUAUAUACAGAAAUGAGACGGACAGCAAUCGAACAAUAUCUCUACCAAUCCCAGGGUGUGUUGUUAACUGUCCAUUUAAAACCUUUAUCAGUAUUCUGACAAGGAACACACCAAAAGACAUAAAAGAAGAAUGCAACAUUAGAAACGACAUUUAUUGGAUAAAUGAUAACAGAGUGACAUUGCUGUUUCUGGCGAGUUUACUUACCCUAUUGGUUAUCGUAAUGGUCAUCUUCACUAUCUUGAUAUACCGUGAUAGACACUAUACGUCAGCGUACAAAGCGGUACCAACCAGGGACGAGGACAUUUGA